AUGUCUGCGCACUUUUACCAGAUGAGCUCCAACAUUCUGGGGGACACGGUGGGGAAAAUGUCCGACAACCUGACAUCUCUGGUGCUGGCAGCAUCAGUCUUCACCCUCACAGUCGGAUAUGUCUCCAAACAGCUGCUCAGACACUCAGCUGAGAAAGAUGAGAAGCAUCCGCCUUACAUCCCCUCCAGCAUUCCCUUCCUUGGUCAUGCCAUUGCAUUUGGAAAAAGCCCCAUUGAAUUUCUAGAGGAUGCAUAUGAAAAAUACGGGCCCGUGUUCAGCUUCACCAUGGUGGGGAAGACCUUCACCUACCUGCUGGGCAGCGAGGCGGCCACCCUGAUGUUCAACAGCAAGAACGAGGACCUGAACGCCGAGGACGUCUACUCCAAGCUGACCACUCCGGUGUUCGGCAGAGGGGUGGCCUACGACGUGCCCAACCCCGUGAGUGUCCCCCCCGCAGAGCGCCCCGGCCUCGUCCAUCCCCGCCAUCUCUCCGCGGGGAAAAAGCUGACCCAGUCCCUGCCCUUUUCCCUUCCGCAGAUCUUCCUGGAACAGAAGAAGAUGCUGAAGACGGGGCUGAACAUCGCUCAUUUCAGGGAGCACGUUGAGCUGAUUGAGGCGGAAACCAUCGAGUACUUUCAGAGAUGGGGAGACAGUGGGGAGAGAAACCUGUUCGAGGCUCUGUCGGAGCUGAUCAUCCUGACAGCCAGCACCUGUCUUCACGGGAAGGAGAUCCGCAGCAUGCUGAACGAGCGCGUGGCCCAGCUCUACGCCGACCUGGACGGCGGCUUCAGCCACGCCGCCUGGCUCCUGCCCACCUGGCUGCCCUUACCCAGCUUCAGGAAGAGGGACAAAGCGCACAUAGAGAUCAAAAACAUUUUCUUCAAGGUGAUUCAGAAACGCAGGGUUUCUGGGGAGAAAGUGGACGACAUUUUGCAGACCCUCAUCGACGCCACCUACAAAGACGGCCGGCCGCUGAGCGAUGAGGAGAUCGCGGGUAUGCUGAUCGGCCUCCUCCUGGCCGGCCAGCACACGUCGUCCACCACCAGCGCCUGGAUGGGCUUCUUCCUGGCCAGAGACAAGGCUCUGCAGGAGCGCUGCUACGCCGAGCAGAGGGCCGUGUGCGGGGAGGACCUGCCCCCCCUCGACUUCGACCAGCUGAAGGACCUGAGCCUGUUGGAGCGCUGCCUGAAGGAGACCCUGCGGCUCCGCCCCCCCAUCAUGACCAUGAUGAGAAUGGCCCGCACGCCUCAGACGGCAGCGGGCUACACGAUCCCCGUGGGCCACCAGGUCUGCGUCUCCCCGACGGUCAACCACCGCCUGCACGACACCUGGGCCGAGAGGAUGGAGUUCCAGCCCGACCGCUACCUCCACGAGAACCCCGCCGCCGGGGAGAAGUUCGCCUACGUCCCCUUCGGCGCCGGCCGCCACCGCUGCAUCGGAGAAAACUUCGCCUACGUGCAGAUCAAAACCAUCUGGUCCACCAUGCUGCGCCUGUACGAAUUUGACCUGGUGGACGGAUACUUCCCCACAAUCAACUACACCACCAUGAUCCACACCCCGCACAACCCCGUCAUCAGAUACAAGAGGAGGAAGCAGUGA